UAGUACUAUCAAUUAGUAAUAAACUUUUACUGUUUAUUUUAAGAGAAGACUCGUAGCGCUGCCAGCUGUUUGUUUCAUGGAUUUCUCGCGAGACAUUUCCACGUAGUGUCUCUCACGCGGGCGUUUCCAUGGAGACGCGCGUACACAAAGACGUCACGCAUCCAAACGCUUGUUGAUUACCGGUGGAAGCUGCGUUAUCCAUAAAAAGAAAUAAACGAAACGGAAGACCGACACAUGCGAUUUACUUGCGAUUAGUCCAGUGUCCGGGUUAGUGUCUAACGCCGGGUUUGGCGUCCUUUUAAGUAAAUCAUUAGUGUCAAUCGAGUUGAUAACGCAUAAUGAAGAUAUGAGGUAUUUUAACUUUGUAAGAGAUUACAAAAACAAUACAAACACAAGUAUAUAGAAUACCUAAUAGCAUUUAGAAAUAUGGAAUAACAUCUAGAUGAAAACUUGCCGUCUAUCUCAGUUUAAGAAUUGCAUGAGGUUCGCCAGCAAUCCCAGGAAUACUGCUGUUGGGAAGAAUAAAUCUAAUUGAAAACAACAUUAAUGAUAAUAGGCAGCCAUGAAUUUAAACAAUUUUGUGGUGGUUCCUAACAAGCCCACUUCGCUUAAGUUAAAGGCCAGAAGUGCUAGAGAGCUGCGAUUGGAGACCUCGCAGCUGGAGCAGGAGAACAGAGACAUGGAGGAGCGUCUGCAGGAGCUGCGGCAGGCCAUGAGCUCGGAGAAGGAGGAGAGGAGGAAGCUGGGGGCGUACCACUGGAAGUCAGGCCAGGCCGGAUCAAUGGUGCCGUCGGCACCGAUUCAGAGACUGGGCAGAAACAAGGAGAGUCCAUCUCAGAAGUUACCAGCAGGAAGGCUGAGGGUCACAGUUCUCAAAAAUGAUCCAGAAGAGCUGCAGAGGACACCAGCGAUGAAGCCACAGCCACCACCUGGGAGUCUAAUGUCCAGCAGAGGGCCCAGGCUGAAGAGGAAAGUCUGUGGCCAGUGUGAGGCCCGUGCAGCCGGCCUGGUUUGCAUGGAAUGCGGAGAGGAUUACUGCGUGGGCUGCUUUGCUAGGUUUCACCAGAAGGGGGCACUGAAACAUCACAGAAUGGUUCCCACCCAGAUGGACAUGCACACCUCCAUCAGCACACUGGACGUCGUGAGCCGCUUCAGCAGACAAAUUGAUCCCGACGAGCCAGCUGUGGAGGGGGGUGUGUCAGGAGCCGGGGUGCCCAGAAAAGGAGCCGCGACUGUGGAUCACCAGCAUGCCCAGAUUGAGACUGUAAUUCAAAGUAAGGACGACGAUGAAGAAGACGAGGAAGAACAGCACAGCGCCCCAAUUGGGGUAGACCCAGCGGGGUGGAACAAGUCCCGGUGGGGUGGAGCAUUCGAUGAGGAGGAGUCAUCCAGGUCCUUCCAGGAGGCACUGAGGGAAUGGAGGUGGGAGAGAGGGGAGACAAAACAGGGACAGGAGCGAACUUGGAGGCCCAGGGAAGCUUUGCCAGCGACCAAAGAAGCUACCGGAAUCCAAGCAGACCUUGUUGUUCCAAGGCCCCCUGUCCGAGUGGAGUUCAAGCAUCAUGGCCUGAGUUAUAUGGAGAAGCUGCUGGUGAAGAUGUACCGUAGAAUGCCGAUCAAGGACCACUGGCCACAGCCAUCUGUCUGCUCCCGUCCGAAUUCUGUGAUGGAUUUGAGUCGGCUGACAGAUGAGGACCCCCCUUGUCUGAUGGAUAAGGACCCCCCCAGUCUGACAGCUGCCGAGAUGGAGCUGAAGCAUUACUGUGCCUCGCUCUUCACUGUUUGUGAUCCUGGAAGCUCUGAUAAUCUUGACUGUCCAGCUUCAUCCAGUGCAAGCGUUGUGGAGCGGGAGAUGCAGAGUACGGUUGGGAACUGUAUAGCCACCGACACAUCUCCUGCCGAAUGGGGAGUCGGCAGUACAGGUGUGACUGAAGCUGAAGGGCAGGACGCAGCUUCCCACGACACAGUAGCCACCAAAGCCCUGGGUGCAGGCAUCAUUUCACAUUCUCAGCUCCAGGCAUCGCAGCUGCACAUGUCCGAUUCACCACAAUCGACUCCACAAGCGGAGGACUCAUCUUUCAAGAUGCGAUUGACUUGGACUGCAGAACCGCACCUGUCCUCAAGCACACAGUUGCUUGAGUCUCCAGAAUCUGACCCGCUUUGCAAGAUGCGAAUGACCUGCUCAUCAGAACUUAAGUUGUCCUCCAGAAUCCAGAUGUGUGUAUCACCAGGACCUCCUCUGUCAUACAGAACUCAAAUUCCCAGUUCACCAGAACCUCAUAUGCGUAGAACCCAUGAAACACAGUUGGAAGGUCAUCUGUCAACGCAAACCCAAAUACUUCAGUCACUAGAACCAAAUCAGUCUUUAGGUACCCAAAUUCACCAGUCACCAGAAGCUGGUGACUUUGAAAUUCCAGUACAUAAGUCACGAGAACCUGAUACACCCUCCAGAACUCCAGUGCUUUUGUCACCAGAACCUGAUAUACCCUCUAGAAUUCCAGUGCUUAAGUCACCAGAUCUUGAUUUACCCUCUAGAACACCAGUGUGUAAGUCACCAGAACCUGAUGUACCCUGUAGAACUCCACUGCUUAAGUCACCAGAACCUUAUAUACCCUCCAGAACUCCAGAACCCCCAAGAACUCAAUUUCCUCAUUCAUCAGACCUCGGGUUACCUUCUCAGACACCAAUACCACAGGCAAGAGAACUUGUUCAGAGCUAUAACUUCACAGUGCUGCAGUCCCCAGAAGCUGGUCUGGCAUUAACCACAACAAAGAGAGCACAACUUCAUUCCUCCUUAAAAUCCCAUCCUCCUCCUAUGGACCUGUCUUCAGCCAGAACAUUGCAGCCCACCCCUCCUCUGACUCCCUCGCCACAUCCUCAUCUAUUCAAGCGGCUGAUGUCAACUCGCUCUCUGCCUUCAUCUUCAAGACCCCCUUCUGGAUGGGCCCCCCUGCCACAGAGACCUUUCUCAGCCCAGGCAUCUGGCUUCUGUCCCAAAUCACUGCUGUGGGGUUAUCACAGAAAUAACCCCAAAGACAACCCUGCAGAAGAUUCUAUUGAUGACCCCAUGGAUGACCUAGUAGAUGAUCUUGCAUAUCACUCGGCAGACAACCUCGGGGAUGUCCUAGCAGAUGACCUCGCAGCCGCCUUUGUGGAUAACCCCACAGAUGACUUUGCAGAGGAUCCUGUCGACGAUCCCACAGAGAAAUACACAGAUGACCUAGUGGAUCACCUCACAGAUUAUGUCACCGGUGACCCUGCCGAGAACUACAUGGAUCAUCUUGUGAACAAUUCUGAGAAUGGCUACCCAGGCGACAAAGUCGGCAGUUCUGGACACGUCUCUGAUCCACCCAUGAGCAAUUCUGAUCCAGCUCGUGCCCCUUUCCCAGAAGGCCAGCUGGAUGAGAGACCUGAUGUGCCUGACUCAUUCACGGUCUGGUGGAGUUUUUCCCAGGGAGAGCAGACCCAGCUGGAGACAGUAGGACCCGGUGGUGGGCCUGAAGAGGACAGAGAGACUAAUGCCAACCUGGAGGUGCUCGAUGCAGGAUCUGACUCCAGCCUAUGGUCUGGCCAAGGUGCCCCAAGGUCUCCCAAGAGUGCGAGGUCCCCAUCUCGGGCCCCAGCGGUGUCCCGGCCUCUGUCCCAGGCAGCUUGGGAGAUCCUGGAGAUCCAGGGCAGCGACUGCACGGAGAGCGACGACCCCCUCCUAGAGCAGGCCACGGCCUGCCAGGUCCUGGAUCUUCUGGAUGAGGAGCUCCGUGGCCUGAGCAGAGCACCAGGUGACAAUGCCAGUGGGAGCCCAUGUGACCUACGACCCUCGGCCCCGCCCACCACCCCACUAAUGGCUGCCGGCAGUGACUUGGGGUGGGAGGACGACGAAGGGGAUAUGGCUGAGGAAGAGGAUGAGGAUAAGGAACAGGAGGCAUGCAGAGACAGGCAGUCAGUUGCCUCCCUGCCCUAAAAUCCAAGCAUGCAAAGUAACUGCAUCCUGUGCUGUGUAAACAUUAAAAUACACAGACUCAAAAUUCUAAUACUGAUUCAUAAUGACCUUUAAUUGCACAACUGGGAAUUUCACAUAAAUAAAUGAGCCAAAAAGGAACCAUUGAUUAUAAAUAGUAAUGCCCUGUUUCGCGUUAUGCUGCUAAGCCUUACAAAGCCAACACAGAAUGUGAUUUACAUUAAAGUAAAACCACUCCCCCGUACCGAUGAUUUUUAAUUUCCUGUCUUUAUUUACAUUGUCAGGCUUGCCAUUACCCACCCGGUUCACAUAUUACAGCCCCCAGCAGUUGUCACAGUAACAGAGUAAAAUACUUGGCUCAUCAAUAAUAAACUGCUUUAUAAAAUACCGCAGUCAGAAAAUCAGUUCUAAAGGGGUGGACUGGCCAUUCUGU